UUUAUUACUUAAAAUUUUCAUAUAAAUUAAAUUGAAAAAUAUAUUAAAAUGAAUUGCCAAUUGCUUUUUGUGAGUUGUUUUGUAAUAUUGAUUGCAUUGAAUGCAAAAGUAUUGGCCGACAAUGCCGUUUCAUCGAAACCAAAAAACUUUGAGAUAUUUAUGCAAAGAAUUAGUGAACUGAAUGACAACGAGAUGUUUCGAUCGCGAGCUCUGAACCUAUCAAUGGAUGCGUUUGACUGCGAACUCGAGACACUGGAGUCAUGUGAGGCUGACUUCAUCACCAAUACGGCCAACAUCGCCAAGACAUCCACUCAGACAGAGAUCCUUCAGUCCUGUCAAUCACUAGACAAAGACGUGGACUGUUUGCUUGACUUUCUCAACAAAUGCCCGCAAAUGGAAAAGAGCAGCAGUUUUACAAUUCUUUCAUAUAUUUAUGAUAAGAAUCGCGAUAUUGUCGACACAUGUAAGCAAAAGACAGAUGAAUGGCUCGAUCCUCACCACCACUCAGGCAUUAGUGUGGAAAAGAGUCAAUGCAAACCUCAUGUCAAGGAGUUUGCCAUCAAAUACUUGGAAUCUCGGGUCAAGUUUGCCAUCGAUUGUAGAACUUAUGCAAAAUUAUUUGAUGAAAGUAUGGCUAAAAACAAGAUUUUGGUGGAGACUGAGAUGCAAUCAGCAGUCAACGUUAUAUUGGAGCCGUCGUGCAAACGGAAAGCAAAUCCAUUGAUGAGUGUCUGUACGAAACAAUACCAGAAAAGGAUCGAUAGUAUAACAGUUGCCUCGUAUUCCCAAUCGCAACAGAUAUUACCACAUCUUUGUUGUGCUUACGCGGAAUUCACGAAAUGUGUGACUGUUAUAACAUUAUUAAAGUGUGGAAAGGAUGAGGCGCUCACAGUUUCGCCUAUCAUUGAGUCUUUACGUCAGGUCUCGUCCCCACACGGAUGUCAUCACUACGAGUACGGCUCAAUCUAUUGUGAACCUGUCCUCACCUCAGCUGCCAAUGCAGUCAAACAAUUUAGUUAUAAUAAGUGUUUCGUUGAAAUAGAUUUCCUCUUAAUUUGGAGGACACGAGCGGAGUCGGAGUGUCCGCAGAAACUCGAUAACUGCACUCAAAUGGUUAGACCCUAUUUGGAUGACAUUAGAUAUAUGUUUCCCACAAAUCUGGAAGAUGUGGAUGUGAUGUGUCGAAUGUGGGGUCAAUUCGUAGACUGUGUUCGCAAAUAUGUUUCCCAAUGUUUUAGUGAAGAGAGGAAAAUAUUAUUUCAUAAAUCUGUGGAGAAUUCUGUGGAUACGGUUCAUGCGAUUUGCAGUUCAGAGCUCUAUCAGAGAGAGUAUCUGUCAAAUGCGGUCUGUUUUAAGAGGAUCUCAAUCGAGAGUUGCGGACAAUACUACAAACAACUCAUUGAACACGUCUCUAAUCCCAGGGCUCAUGACGACCACAUUUGUUGUUCUUACGGACAGUUCAAGAACUGUGUAAACGAUCCGCUUUUGCGAGAAUGUGGCCGAAGAGCUCGCGGUCUUAUGGAUCACUCGAUGGGAUUCUUGAUAUCUCGUUGUUCUCAUAGCAAUCCCAAUGGAAUGACCGAACGAUGUCCUGACCCAAUGUCUUCAUCACCUCCAAUGUCUACCACAACUACAGCCACUGAAGAGCCAUUUGAUGAUCAGAACGAUGUGUCCAACAGAGCUCGUGCUGACCGUUCAUUCGACGCCUCCGAAGCGACCACAACCGAGAGUUGGACCCCACGAACCGUUAUCUAUACUCUGCCUCCAGAACCCGGAAGUCAGACAUCAGCCGCACAUCCCACCUUCUUCGACAACCCUCGGAUGUCGAAUGAUACCUGUUUUAACCGGAUUCUUGAUAAUCUCUAA